AACUUCGACAGUCGCAAAGGUAUAGUACGUGGCGUGAAUUAUCUCCGAAACUUUCAACAAACAUUAAAUACGCUAAGAACGCAAGCAUGGCAAACAAAAAACAGCCAGAAUGGCAUGCUCCAGUCGCUACUGAAUCUCUACCUACUCUGAAAAUUUACAACUCCCUUACAAGGACAAAGGUUGAUUUCAUUCCGAAGAGAGAAAAACAGAUCAGUUGGUACAAUUGUGGUCCUACUGUUUAUGACGCGGCACAUCUUGGACAUGCCAGACUUUAUGUUACGAUUGAUAUUAUUCGCCGUAUAUUAACGGAUUAUUUCAAUUAUGACAUUUUAUUUGUUAUGAAUAUAACCGAUAUUGAUGAUAAAAUUAUACUCCGUGGCCGUAAACAUCACCUUUUCAAUAACUUUAAAUCUGAAACAAAAUCACUUACGCCAACAUUGAUUGAACAAAUCCGUAGCGCUUUGAACGAUUUUGCUAAAUCGAAACUUGGUACGGGUGAUGGUCUUGAGGGCAGUGCAUCUCGAGGUGAUCCAAAAUAUCUUUUAUAUGCUAACUCAUUCAGAGAAACCGUCAAAGCUGUGGCAGCAGCUGAAAUAGCACUCGAAGAUAACGAUACCAGCGAAGAAACUGCCCAUCAACUUCUAAAGGAGUCUCAAGAAAUUGUUUCAGAAUGGUUGGAUCAAAAGGAUGGUGCAUCCAUUACAGACCAAAAAGUUUUUCGUGAUUUGGCUGCUUACUGGGAACAAGAAUUUAUGGAAGAUAUGCAAACCUUAAACGUUGAUGGUUCCGUAUAUUUUGAUACCGUUACAUUUAAUAAUAAAGAGGGCCAUAAUUAUGCAAAGUUGGAACCUUGGUCAGCCAAUAAUGAAGGACUCAUUGAAGAGGGAGAAGGCAGUCUUGGAAGUAAAUUAUUAGGGAAACGAAACAAGGGUGAUUUUGCUUUAUGGAAAAAGAGUAAAGCUGGUGAACCAUCUUGGGAUUCACCUUGGGGAUUUGGACGUCCAGGAUGGCAUAUUGAAUGCUCAGCAAUGGCUAGCGAAAUUUUUGGUGACUAUCUUGACAUUCAUUCUGGUGGCAUUGAUUUGGCAUUCCCGCAUCAUGAUAAUGAAUUAGCUCAAUCUGAGAUGACUGAUUUUCAACAGGCGUAUCAUGAAUGUCAACAAUGGGUAAAUUAUUUUGUGCAUGUCGGACAUUUAAAUAUUGAGGGUCAAAAGAUGAGCAAAUCGUUGAAAAAUUUUAUUACUAUUCGACAAGCUUUAGAAAAACAUACUGCACGACAAUUGCGGUUAUGCUUCCUUCUUCAUCAAUGGGAUUCAAAGCUAGAUUUCAAAGAAAGUACUAUGGGGGAGGCGAAGGGUAUUGAAACUAUUUUAAACAAUUUCUUUGUUAACACAAAAGCACUAUUGAAUGAAUUCAAACAAGCUGCAUACGAAUCCGAUGGUACACAUCGGUAUUCUGCUUCUGAAAGAGAGCUAAUGAACCUAUUUCGUGAAAAACAAUCAGCCGUUCACUCGGCACUUUGCGAUUCCUUUAAUACACCAACUGCAAUGAGCGAAAUAAUGGAACUCAUUAACAAAACUAACAUUUAUGUAUCUGCUGGAAGAAAUAACAUUAGCAUAUUCGUACUCGAAAAUAUAGCGAAAUACGUAACAAAGAUGUUAAAAAUCUUUGGUAUUAUUGGAAAUACAUCAUCCGAAGAUAUUGGCUUCGGUGAAUCAGAACAAAGUGUUAUAAACCGAGAAGAAGCUGUGCUUCCAUACCUUCGUGUUCUAUCGAGUUUUCGCGAUAAUGUCCGAGAACUUGCACGCCAACAGAAAGGUCAUGGAGAAUUUUUAGCCUUAAGCGAUAAGCUAAGAGACAUUGAUUUGGUAAAUCUUGGAGUGUCGUUAGAUGAUCAAGAAGAUGGAAAGGCUUUGAUUAAAUUCGUGGACAGAGAUGUACUUAUCAAAGCAAGAGAAGCAAAAUUACAACUCCAAGCAGAAAAGGCCGCAAAAAAAGAGGCUGCCGCAAAAGCUAGAGAGGAGGAAAGAAAAAGAAAAUUGGAACAGGGCAAACUCGCAGCUGAAGACAUGUUUAAAGAGGAAAGGGAUGAAGAUGGAAAAAAUCUUUAUUCUGCAUUCGAUAAACAAGGAAUUCCGACACAUGAUAGUAAUGGAGAAGAACUGUCGAAAAGUAAAAUUAAAAAACUGAAGCAAAAAUGGGAUAUUCAAAAGAAGUUAAAUGAUGAAUAUUUGGCUACUAUUUCCAAUUCCGAUAAUUAA